GCCGUUAGCGCAGCGUGCCGGAAGUGGCCGUGGGCCGGCGUCCGGGCCGCGCCCGCAGUGAGCAGAGUCCCUCCGGCCGGCGACGCCAUGGAGCCCGGAGCGGCCGAGCUGUACGACCAGGCCCUGCUGGGCAUCCUGCAGCACGUGAGCAACGUCCAGGACUUCCUGCGAGUGCUCUUCGGCUUCCUCAACCGCAAGACCGACUUCUACCGCCUGCUGCGCCAUCCGUCCGACCGAAUGGGCUUCCCUCCUGGGGCGGCGCAGGCCCUGGUCCUGCAGGUGUUCACAGCCUUUGAACACAUGGCGCGCCAGGAUGACGAGAAGAGGAGGAAGGAGCUGGAGAAGAAGGCCAGGAGGAAGGAGGUGGAGGAGGCCGCGGUGGCCGCAGCCGAGCAGGAGCCAGUGCCGGCCGCGGGGCAGGAGGUGGAGGUCGGCCCCAGCACAGACCCCGGGCCUCCAGGACCACCGGGACCCCGGGACGCUGAGCCGGCGGUGGCCCCCAGCUCGGUGGAGGCAGAGCCUGCGGGAGCAUGUGCAGGUGCCACGGAGGCUGCGAAAGGGCCACCAGCCCUUCCCAGGAGGCAGGAGCAGUUCCAGAGAAACCCCGACAGCUACAAUGGCGCCGUGCGUGAGAACUACACCUGGUCGCAGGACUACACUGACCUGGAGCUCAAGGUGCCGGUGCCCAAGCACGUGGUGAAGGGCAGGCAGGUCUCGGUGGCCCUGAGCAGCAGCUCCAUCCGGGUGGCUGUGCUGGAGGAAGCUGGGGAGCACGUCCUCAUGGAAGGGAAGUUCACCCACAAAGUCAAUACUGAGAGCUCCCUCUGGAGCCUGGAGCCUGGGAAGUGCGUUCUGGUGAGCCUGAACAAGGUGGGUGAGUACUGGUGGAGCGCAGUCCUGGAGGGUGAGGAGCACAUUGACAUCGACAAGAUCAAUAAGGAGCGUUCCAUGGCCACGGUGGACGAGGAGGAGCACGCGGUGCUGGAUAGGCUCACCUUUGACUACCACCAGAAGCUGCAGGGCAAGCCGCAGAGCCAUGAGCUGAAAGUCCAUGAGAUGCUGAAGAAGGGGUGGGACGCAGAAGGCUCUCCCUUCCGAGGCCAGCGGUUUGACCCAGCCAUGUUCAACAUCUCCCCGGGGGCCGUGCAGUUUUAGCGCCCUGGCGCCCUCCUGCAGGGGCUCGCCGUCUGGUUGGCCCCUGCCAGCCUUUCUCUCAAGGGUGAACCCGUGGCUCCCAGCCCCGCAUCUCCAGACUGUUCCGGAGCAGCGUGGGGUGAGCGGGCCGCUGCCCCCCCCCCCGCUCUCCUCUCGCUGCUGUGCGCGCUCUGCUUGCUUUCCCCGUGGGGGGCGGGAAGGGGAGGUGCUGGGCCAGCACCCCCAGGUGCAGGGGGCACGGGGUCCGAGCCUUGACCUGACUCUGGGCACGCACGUGUGGUCUUACUUGGCCUUUGUGUGUGUCCGCUGCCUGCUCAGACCCGUCGAGGAGCAGAGUGGGGUCUUGGUCGCUGCUUGGGGACGUGGGCCACAGGCGCAGCAGGAACUGUCCUCUGAUGUCCUCCUGUGGACCGUCCUUGUAAGAGAGCUGACUGGGCGCCCUCGGGAGAUCACAGAGACCACGAUGCGGCGGCCCCUCCUCUUCCACUGAGCCCAGGGCCACUGCCACCUCUGCUCUGCCAGCCCCGUGGCCGUCGCCGUGGGCCACCCUUGUGGGCUCUGCCCUCGGGCUGGGGAGGAGGACUCCUUCUGGGGGUGGUCCUUCAGGAGACCCCCUUUCACCUGAGUAGCUGGGAGCUGGCAUGUCACAGUCGUGUGGGGACAGGUUUCUGGCUCAGGGUGGCCAGAAGUGGGUGGGGAACCCCUGAGUCUCCUGAUCGACCAGGCAUCAGGUGGCUCUGGUGCCAUCGAGGGCAUCGCCAAGCUGCUGAGACCCCUCUUCAGGCCCCCCGGAUUUGCACGUGUGUUGACGUGCGCAUGUGAAAACUGUUGGUGAGGGUGUGCUACUUGAGAGAUGGGGGGGCCAUGGACUCUGUGGUCACGUGUCUUCCUUUGCCCGACUUUGUUUUCAGUGUUGCGUUUCUGCCCACCCUUCCUGCCGUGACCAUGUCCCACCCGUGUCUGGGAGCGGCCGGUGGGGCCAAGGCACCCGUCCACGUGGCUGCUGCUGGGCCACCCUUGCCCUUCCAUUGGGCGUCCUCUGCCCCUCGCUGCUGGCCUGGGCCCUGGAGCCCGUGCAGCCUGCGUGUUUUCUCUCUUUAGACACGGCAGCCGCAGACCGGCUACUGAGCUCUGUCAGCGGAGGUCCGAGGAACCGCGGGGUGCCUGCCUGCGAAGUCCCCCUUCUCCAGUGUCUGUUUGCAAUAAAUCUGUAUUUAAGCA